AUGAAGAAUAAUCGACAAAAAAUUGGAGACCCAGGAAUUAAUUGGGCGGAAGCAGCUUUAGGAAUUGGCAAAAAUAGGCGAAAGACCAUCGGGUUCGGUCAAUACUCUAAAAAAACCAAAGAAUAUGAAGACGAAUUUUAUAUACGAGAAAUGUCAAUCAUUGAUGCUGGCAUUGGAUGUGCUCUCUGGGAUGCUGCCAUUAUUUUGACAAGAUAUAUUUAUGAAUUUGGAGACCAGGUUUUUGCUAAUAGAAACGUUAUGGAGCUAGGUGCAGGUGUUGCUUUGUGUGGAAUAUGUGCCUCACGUUUUGCCUCCAAAUGUUACAUUACUGAUCUACCUCAUUUAAUAGACAAUAUGGAAUAUAAUUUAAAGACAAACUCAUAUUUUGACGAUACUGAUGAAAACACAAAAUGUAAAUCGGAGAAAAUUAAAAAGUACAAGCAACAAAUGCAACAAAGCGGAAAGGUUAUGGAAUUGGAUUGGUACAAGAUUUAUGAUGAAAUUCCAAAAGCAUUACACCAAAUUGCUAAUGGUGAGACACCAUGUAUGGAGGUACCUGAAAAAUGUGAAAUUAUAAUAGGGAGCGAAUUGACCUACACAGGUGACGAGCAGACCGUUGAGGCUUUAAUGAAAGUUAUUGACACGUUUCUCGACGAGAAGGGCGUAUUUUUGGAAAUUUUGAGUGAUGACAGAGAUGGUGUUUCAUAUUUUGUCGAUCAAAUCACAAAUCCUGAACGUUACAACUAUGUUCUGAGGUCAUUUAGAGUCCAUAGUAGAUAUAUGGGCAAUUUUGGUACUGGACAACGAGAAGAGACUUACAAAUUCUAUGUAUUGACAAGAAAAGAAAACGAAGAAGGAGAUCUGUUUUUAAAGAUGUGCGAAACUAUGAAGAAUGACUUGUAA